CGGGACUAGUGUAGUGUAGGUCUCGGUAUCCUCAAUUGUGGAGACAUUUGUCGGUCGUUCGCACACGAUAAAAUGCACGCAUAAGGUUGCACAAAUAACACCUACACACACCACACUCAUCCCACAAAGCCAUGCAAGACCUACACGAUCAUACCAAUGCACCCACUCGGCACACAGCACACACAUUAUUACCCCUCCUGCAUGGACAAAGAUCUCUCUCUUUCUCUGCCUGCCUGUCUGCCUGCCUGAUUGCCUCUGUGUCCGUCUGUCUGUCUGUCUGUUUGCCAUCAGACAGGCCAGCAUUUGAGCCUGAGGUCUCUCUCAUCGAAUGCACUCCACUCACAGGCCACCGGCGGCUGGCGACGACCGUCAGCAUCCGACUCGGUCUCGGGCACGCAGAACGACUCAUAUGAUGACAGAUCUGAACACACAUUCACACACAGAUGCAUCCAUCGAUUGAUUGAUUGAUUGUCAGUGAGUGAGUGUGUGGGUGGGUGGGUACCGUCUAGUCUGUCCCUGAACGAUCCGUCAGUGCACAUGGCCAUGGGGAUGUUGCCCACCGACCCCCGCACGCCCCACAGAAAGGCCGGCGGUGAGUCCGCGUCCUUCACACUCGGACGUGGCGCGUCUUCCGCAUACCUACACACAUAGAGAGGUACAUGCGCACACCAUGUAUGUGCACCCCUCCCUCGUGCGUGUCUUCACAGAUUCCUUACACGCAGAGUGCGCAUUGUGUGGUUUCGCCCAGUUCCCUGCCCGCCCUCAUCCUCUCGCACUGUGUGGUGAUGUUGACCAGCUCCGUCAGCCACAGCUGCUCCCCGCCCUGCUCAAGGCCCCGCUGCUUCUUCCGCGACGCCGUCCCGCUCACCAAGUCAAAGUAGUCGGCGAAACUGUACCCGCGCGUCGUCUUGACGACCUCACGCCGAGCCUCGUUGUAGAUGUACCUCUCGGUCAGCAGAACGGGGUAGUCUUCGAGGCCGUAUCUCCUGGCAUGUUCCUCCAUCCUGUGGAUGUACUUGCUGAUUCGCCGCACGAGGCGAGGGGGGUAGUCGUGCUCGCCGGUGAGCACCCGGCUGACGGCCUGGCCGCUGGAGGGCACCAGCUGCGGCAGAGUGGCCGAGGAGAUCUGUGCAGCGGCCUCAAGAGGGACGAGGAAUGUCCGCCAUGUCGGCAGCAGGGCCACUACCUCUGCAAAAAGAGCAGCACAGCACCGACAGACACAGGCGCAGCAAUGGGCAGGACAGAACACAUUGGCGGGUCGUGUGGUUGGCUGGUUGCGCACCGAGGUGUUCUGGGUAGAUGGGUGUGAUGUCAGCCUGGCAGAUGGACACGUUGAGAAGCGACGAUGAGGUGUCAGACGAGCCGCCCCAGAUGGACACACUGAGCGCCACAGCCACCACGUUGAAUAGAACAGCCACCACACGCUGCAGCUGCUGAGAUAUCGUCACUCCUCUUCUUGCCCGCGGCAUCUUCAUUUUCAGACAGCAGCAGGAAAGAUUGAUGAAUAAAGCGUUGAAAGGCAGGUACAGCAGGCCUCCUGAGCGUCGUUGUGGUACUCCGGCGGGAAGAUCAGCGAUGGUGGCGAUGGAUGAUGAGUCACUGAAGAAGGCCAAGUGAAUGCCCGGCAGCAAGGAUGGUCAGAGUGAGUAGGAAAAGGCUGUGCAGACGCCACGAGGACCCGGUGGCUGCUCUUCCAGGAUG